AGGAAGUUUGUUUGUAUGGUGAUGCGUACCCUGAACCCCGUUUUGGUAUGUUGUGCAUGCGAUUUGUAAAGUGAUUUGUCGUAUACCUACGCAAAAGAAAGAAACUUUCGUUUUAUCGCACGAUCCCAAUGAUGUACGCAGCGGCACGGUACGUAUGCUUGUGGGGUUGUUUAUUGAAUGUUAUUUUUUCGCAGGCCCAAAACUAAUGUGACCUCUAGCGUAGAAAAGAUCUCAAACAGACAUAGUUUUGCAAGGGCGCGGAGAGUAAUUAAGAAACAAAAAAAACUAGAUCCAGAAUUCGUAUGAAGUGUGCUGUUGGAUGGCUGCAAGUCUCUACGACGUGGUCAAGUCGAUGGGGCUGCUAUAUUCCCAGCCCUGCACCACAUGUGUUUGCAUACUGUUUGUAAUAAAAUGAGUGCAGCUUGAAUAGGAGUAAUCUUAAAAUAGAUCAUUGCGUAAGCAAACAUAGAAAAUGAAAAUUCAGAUGUAUCGUGGGCUGGGAGAAUAAUUUUCUCUGCUGCGAAUUACGACCAGCAAAAGGGAUAUGAAGGUAUGAAAGAUGCUUAUUUCCCUUUUUUUUUUUUGCUAAACACAGGGUCUGCAUCAUUGCCAACGCAGAUCCUUGAAAAUGUUAUCAGCGUAAAAAUUGAGAUUUCAUUUCAUCCAUUAUCUCCGUUCUGUACCUAUCGCGCAUGUUUCCCACCACCGUUUUGGGUGGUACUUUCUUAUCACUGUAAAGAAGUGGCAGGAACUAAAGUCUAAGAAAAAGACUUCAAUGCGCGGUUUCCUCCUUCAGUUUGGUGUGUGUGCAAGUGGGCCUCGAUCGGAACCGUACCAAGAGGUCAUUCGAGGGGGAGACCUGAGACUAGGAAAUUAGAUGCCAUUUUUAUGCUUGGUUGAAGAGCGGAUGUCAUGGCAAACUCUCACCGUAAACGAUCUCCGGAACAUCCGGAGAGCGGAUUUUCGUGACGUACUACACUCUCCGGAAUUGAGCAAAGCUGCACAGGAUGCACCCAGCCUGUUGCAAAUCACUGUCGUCGGCAAAAAGUCAGUUUUGUGUUUAUUUUGGCCUAUAUGAUAAUUCAGGGUUAUUUCUCUCCAUCCUGGGCAUUGAAGCUUAUGAAAAGAUUAUUCAGACGAAUUGUGUCGUAUGAUUGAACUAAUAUGAUGAAUAUUGUGUGGGAAAUUAAACUAGUAAAAUGUUUAAAUUCCUAUGGACAAUAUUGUGUAUGAUUAGCUUCGGUUUUGAAUAUAAAUAAAGCAUUGUAAUUAAAUGCAUCACUCUUUACAUUGUGUUUGAAAAAUAGUUGUUACAUUGUGUUCGCUUUAUGGGAACCUUUUGAAAACUAUGAUAAGUGCGGUCGAACCAAUAAGACGCACGAAGUUCGCUGCCUAAAUGGUAGCAGAGACUUGGUUGUGCUACGUGACUGCGUCCUGAAGCAAGUUUCACACAAGUGUUGCUUAAUAAACGCUAUCACACAAGUUCUUACUUAAUGAAGCCCAGAAAAAGACAGAUAGAUUGGUAAAACCAAACCAUAUGCUUGUAAUAGAAUGUUUACUCACAACAUAGAAAAGACGGCGAACCUUGGAAAAUGGUCCGAACAUUGGUCGCUUCAAGUUCUCAUCGUGCCUGGCGUUCGGUGUAUUUGUAGCGUCAACUGUUGGACAACAAAAGUGCAGUCAGCAAGACGAAACAUUCCCCCCGGGCCGGAAGGGAGGAACCGUUUUAUUAAUUUAUCUAUUGCUGCCACUUAAUUAAACAUAAAAUCGUCCGCCCAAUAUGUCACGCGUGCUCACGCACACGAGUAAGCACGAGGGUCCCCCUCGAUCGAGACGCGUCUUUUCGCGUGAUGCAUUCGUACAGCCACGGUGCACGGUGUUGGUGGGAUCGCGUUUGCUUAUCAAAAUAACCAACAAGCAUACACGUUGUGUAUGUUACAUAUGGUAUACCAUCGUUGUGCCGGGAGCUUAAACUCUCCUGCAGUUAAGCACAACACUCAAUCAGUCAGUCAGUUUGUGGGGUCUGUUGUUCGGGAAACGUUCUUGCAUCGUUGUGCUGUGGAUGGUACCGGUAUACCACAUUACCCGCAAGGUCGUACACGUGUUAUCUAGUCGAUGCGAUAGCGGUUAAGCUAAAAGAAGUAGUGUAAGGGCUUAUUUUCCCCACACAGUGAGAGAACAAGCUGCAAAAUCAUUACGAACGCUUCAUUAUAUAGCGUAUAUUAUCCAAAAGUGCGCCAAGUUCUCAUACGCAUGGAUAGCACCGAAAUGUAGCAUAAGUAUGACUAAGGCGCGCAAUAUGAUGAACGAACAAGGGGAUUAAAAAUUGAACAACGCAUGUACAUGCAUGUGUGAGAACACACACACUCUCAGAAAACCGCAUUGUAUGCAUCAUUCCUUUGUAACCGGCAUUAGUGUGAGGCGAAGAAGCUCGAACACUACCGCGACUUCCAUAAGUUCAGAGUCGCUCCACACGUAGAAGUCGGAGUACGCCGUACUCUUGCUCCAUUUUCCUCUAAGCUGCCGAUCGGCCAUAGUUCUCUCACACUUGGAUCGCGCGACGAGUGGUUUGGUGUGCGAUAGGACAAUUCCGAUAACAUGCAGCUCACUCGCUCGUGCUCGGUUAAAUCGAUCGGUUGGAGUUUCCUGCUGGUGGCGAUUUAUUGUUACGAUUUAGUGCAGUACGAUCAAGCGAUUUGGAGUUGGGCACUUGUGAAUUAUAAAACUUUACUACACGUGUGAACUAAACGACGCUACACGAGCCGAAGAAUUGGAUACAUUUUUAUUUGGUGAUCCUUUGUGGAACGAUCGAGGUAAGUACUUAGUUGUGUUGACUGUAUCACUAUCGUUUGUGAGUUUGUGCGUGCAUUUGUGUGUGUGUGCUUGUAUGUGUUCUCUAUUGUCAUAUUUCAUGAUCAAAGCAUGUAUGGAAGUGCCGGAUUCUACAGAAACAACUACGUGAAAUUACGACCGUGCCAGCAACAGGACACACUGUUUUCCCCGUUUCUUUACUCCAGAAUUAUUCCUAGAAAGUUGGAAAAAUCAGACCCCAUAUGUGUAUUGUUAUUAGGAAAUUGCCAACAAUUGACUUUUGUUUAGGCUACCGCUGGUAUACGUUUGCUUGAAUAAUGGAAAUUUGUUUUUGUGAGACGAAUAGCACGAACUAUUCAAGAAGCAGGGCCGAAGAAGAAGAAGAAGAAGAAGUAAAAGUUUUAAAAACAGAAAUUACUAGAACUGUUUUGGACGAUUCUCUUCGUGUUCAAACAUUAAGUGGUGUAAGCAUGAUCGGGUAGAAGCCGCCAGCAGCGGAUUCACGCAAACACGAGGUUCGUUAGAGAGCGGACAUUAAAAUUUCUUAAAAAUGAGUUCCAUUCUUGUGUGUCACAUGAAAAAGUGAGCGGUGAGGAGACACGCGGAGAAGCAAAGGGCUGGCUAACACCGUUUUGAUAAGACUUUAUUUACGCAAAACCAACACAUACGCAACGCACUCUCGAAUGGUGUGUUUAUCUGUUCUGUGGCUGGUUGGUUCGAAACGAUACCGAUAGCGUGGCGACGAAAGACUUCAACGAGGUGUUGGAUGUUGGCUGCAAACGGAGGUGAAAAUAUAUUUUAUGAUGAGCCCCUUGCGGGUUAAAGAGGUUACGAACCAAGUGCAUUUAAUGAAAUGAAAUGAAAACGUUUUUAGAUUUAUCCUGUUUUUCUAUUACUAUUGAUUUUUAUGCCAUAAUAAUGCAGGAAAUAAAUAAUGUCCGUUAAACAUUAUUUCUAUCUUAAAUAUGAAUCAUUCUUCAUGUACAACGUCUUAUCGUAUAUUAUUUUGAUUGUUAUGGCGUAGUACUCUGGUGACUCAUUAUUAGUGUACGAACAAUAGUUUAGGGAUAGGGAUCGUCAUGCCGAUCCGCUGUAUCGAUCAUAUUUGAAAACAUCAACGACGGUAAUGCUUCAAAUCUAGAAUGGAGAAAAUAGUUCCCCGUCACAGUUGAAAGGAAAUCACUUUCUUCAAAAGUGUUUGACUCCGUCGCAGUCGGCAGUAUCUCGGUGAAUCAAUUAUAAUGACCUUUUUGUACCGAAAAGCAAAACCCUGAGGAGAUCCCGGGGAGAGAAGCAAUGAUCGUGAACGAUCGACGAGGGAUGGUUUUGUUUUUAAUCAUUCAACCAUUGCAUAUGGAUAUAUUUUUCCUCCCGGUUCCUCCGGUAUUUGAUGGCAUGCUAUGGGGGGAUUGUGGUAGCAUCAGCAAUAAACCCUCAACCCCUCAACAGCAGCCGGGGCGUGUGUGCAUACUUUUCGGAGCGAUUUUAUUGCCCUUGUUUCUCGCUUAGACGCGCACUGACUCAACUUCAAUCACACCACGCGCGCGCACCCGCUUGGUGAGCUAAGAAUAUCUUCACCAGAGACGCGACAACAGCGUUUUCCAUCGUUGGUUGGGCCGUUGAGAUGAUGCGUUUCCUGGCCGCGCAUGCAAUCGUUACAUCGUCGUCGAUUGGUGGUGAUGCCUAACAAACGCAAACUACUACUGACCUCCCCUGAAGCUUCGGUUUUCAAUUCCAUCAUGUACUGGGAUUUCAGCAUGAUCUCCCAACCAACAAACAUACACAUACGAACGCGGGACACACGGGGUGUUGUUCUCCACGACGGUUUCCUUUUUGCUGACAUCAGUCGGAAGGUUGCGCUUCUAUACAUACUCUACAUCUCAACAGCGUACAGAGGAAACAACGAAACGCAAGAAAGUCGAACAUACGGAGGGAACAAAACAUUAACUAAAAAUCUCUUUUGCGCGUAACGUUCGCGAUCGCUUCAUAUUGCACACAUGAUGCGUGUGUUAUAUUUGAAUGACUUUUUUCCGCUUCUCUCUGCCUCCCGUUGCAUACUUCAAUCGGCAAUAUCGUGGCGGAUAAGGUAAUAAAAAAAUGAGUCGAUAGAACUAACUUCAAGGUAAAGCAUUUCAAAGAACGUUUGCUGUUAUCUGGCUUAGUCUGGUGUACAGCAGAGGUGGUAGGAGGUUUAGAGGAAGAGAAGGAGAGAUGUUUCAGCUUCCGGACACUGAAUCAUCGAUCCAAACCAAGAAACUGAGCAAAAUGUGAAACAGAAACAUUCACCAACAUGUGCGACACAGAUGUACGUGCGGAUCUUAUGGAAUGGAAGAGAAUAGGAUAAACGUUAGACGACGAAAUAGAAUCACGAAUCACGCGCAAUGGCCAAAACAGAUGCACAAACCGUUUAUACACACGAUGUGAAAUGAAACAUAAGAGGAGUUAGAAAUGGAAAAGAAAAGAAAGGAUGCUGCUGUAAACACGUGUGCAACGUUGUUGUGUUUGUAGUUGUGAUUUAACACAAAUUGUGCAUUAAACGAACACUAUCUUUCUAUUGAUCAUCGCACGAUCAACGCACGAUGAAAAGUUUGCGCAAAAGUUAUUUAUAUUUGCGUUUAAAAAAUAAUGUGCUCUCAUAAACUGUUACAAAACAAUGAAAUAUGAAGAGUUAUUGUACUUUAAUUUUGGUUUUAAUAUCCCUAUUUUUCCCCUGAAACGGCGGACCACAUUGUGGGUUUCCAGCUUGAAGGCGAGUUGAAGUUUUUCUUGCAUAGACUUGACUCGUGUGAUUUUUACGUAUUGUCGUCCCUAGGCCCGCAGUUUUUGUUUGCCUUGUGCCAUGUGUUUGUUUUAAUGUGUUUGUAACCAGCACGUUUGGAGUGGGAAAUUCUAAUCCGAGGGGUCACUGCAGUUGAAAUCUCCCGAAGAUUCUUUCGGUUCAUUCAUAGAACACGAACCCUUGCGUUGUGUUGUCAGAUAGCCACGUGGGUUUAGGGAGUGAGUAUUGCGCGAUUCCGAUGUUGAGACAGAAUUAUGGUGGCACGACGAACCCGUAACAAGAAAGGACGUGAUAUUUUGUGGCGAUUGAGGCUUUGCCCCUAGUCUGGUGACAACUCUACGCAAGCGAGAAUGUUUAAACAACCCUUAUCUGGGUCAACUUUAAUAGUUGUUGCUUGCUUAUGUAUGAUCGGGCUUGGUAUAAAAUGAUCGGUCGGCUGUAAAGAGCAUGAUUUCGUGUGUCCUGUUGCUGUGAAAUAUACGAGAAGGUGUCUGGAUCCAACGUUCCUCCCGUGGACAAAAGCUACCUAUCAACAACCACCACCUUGUGGAAGUAAGAUACUGCUGCUAAUCGUAUUCGUGUGGUGUUCUACACGAUAGCAAACGUCUAUUUCUUAUACCCAAGGUAUACCUUCUGCAGAUAAAAAAAAAGCAUAUGCCGCAAUUGGAAGAAGGUAGCAUACACACACACAGGAGGUCAACUAAUGGUUCAACCCCGUGACGACAGUCCAUUCGUUACGAUGUGAUUUGGUGUGCCACGAGGGAGUAAAAGAAGGGAGGACAACACGGAGCUACAGUUCUUGAAAUGUGGUGCAUGCAUAAUACCGGCCUUAAAUCGUUCAACGACACCACAAGCGACGAUCAGCAAGCACCACCGAGGCAUUAGGGGUGUGUGAGCGGGAUUGAUGCGUGAGACUGGAGAAGACUUAUCCAACGAGGAUCAUCGCGAUCGGAAGCGUUACUGCAAUAGUUGUUUUGCGUCCGUGCAAAGAAGACCAUGAACAUUUGGGCACAAUUUUGAACCUUAAUAGCAGCGGAAGUGGCAAUACGGUCGGUUCUUCGUUUCCCACCUAGAAUGGUGCAAGAAACAUUGGUUAAAUAUUCGAACUCUGGCGUGCAUGCGACGACCAGGGUGUUGUGCCUCACACCGUGUACCUUUGGUGCAUUUUAACCUAAUAACUGAUGGUGCGUGGAACCGCAGGAGCCGAUCGAAUUCGCGCUCAGUAUACAGUGUGUUAGUGCGAUAACGCAUUAUGUGAUCUCUUUCUUCCCUCUCGGUGGUGGUGGUAAUGGUUUUUAGGUGCUUUUCUUAAACUAACAGUGUGCUGAUGGUGAUGGUGAUAUGUGGCUCCCUCUUAUCAGCGAGCUGAAAACUCUUUCCACUAACACGAUUACGACGGGUGUGUGUGGUGUGUAGGUAUGGUAUAUGAGUAUACGGUGGUCGGUGCUUCAAUAGACUUGUAUUACUAACGAAACAGAAAACCCCCUUCAAAACGAGCCGAACUUGACGCGCGCUGAAUUCAGCUUUAAAACGCUUUGAUAAAAGCACAUUCUUUCGCGCUUCCCCAACCCGGGAGAACGGAACGAACGAUACUCGUGACAUCAACCAGGGAAGAGACCACAAACCGACAAACAGAAACAGAUUUUUUCGGUGGGUGUGCUCUUGUCGUUCGUGGUGACGUUCUGUGGGCAAUUCCUGGAUUGCCUACUUGCCAUACCUGUAGACAGGCAUGAUGAAGAAAUCGACGCGUCAAACCCGAAUGUCUCGGUACGUAGGUAAACAUUCGCCAAAGAUCGCGACUCCAGAUGAGGGCAACAAUAAUAAUAACAACGGCAAAGGAAGGAUCGAAACCGCUGCGAAAAUAGUAACUAGUGGCGAUGAAGAGAUGGCACUGAGUGAACUUCCUUUGUACAUCGUGGAAAAACCGAUCAAUUACGACGAAACGUCGGCAGACUUUGAGGACGAGGAUGAUAAGUCGGUUGUGAAGAAGCUGGUCGACGAUGUGACCGGCGGCGACGAAGGGGAUGGUGGAGAAUCGGGCAGUGGAACCGAUGGCACGCUAUCUUCCGCCGGUGGUUCAUCGUCGACGUCCAAGCGUGGCCGCAAACGCCAGGAACGGAAGCUGUAUCAGUGCGAAGUUUGCCAGAAGGAGUUUAUGGGUACGAACGAUUUGCGCAAACAUUUGCGAAUACAUAAUGACGAACGGCCGUACCCAUGUCCGCACUGUAAGAACCGCUUCCGGCAGGCCGGUUGCCUGAAGAACCACAUCGCUUCACAGCACGGCACGGACGAACAGUAUACGUGCGAUCUUUGCGGUAAAUCGUUCCCGAUCAAGGAGCGGUUACGGCUGCAUAUGCGCAUCCACACCGGUGAAAAACCGUACAGCUGCUCGAUUUGCCCGAAAACCUUCGCACGUGGUGGACAGCUAACUCAACAUCUCGCCACACACAAUGGUGUGAAGAAGCAUAAAUGUGACCAAUGCACAGCAGCGUUCUCCUGUGCGGCUAACCUGAAGAUGCACCUUAAGAGCCACAUGGACAUCCGCGACUACACGUGCCAUAUCUGCGGGCGCGGAUUUUAUCGGCCGGAUGCGCUGAAAAAGCAUCUGCUCUGCUACCAUGCUAAUCUGAAAGCGUUUCACUGCAACAUAUGCAACAAAAUGUUCAAGGGACAUUUACCGCAGCACAUGCGUACGCAUCUGAAGGUCCGGCCGCACGGUUGUGCCGUGUGUGGUUCGGUUUUCUCACAGCGAUCACAACUGAUCGUUCACCAGCGCAUUCACAGUGGCGAACGUCCCUAUCGAUGCCAGGUUUGCUGGCAGGCGUUCGCUCACUCAAGCGUACUAAAGUUGCACAUUCGCAAACACACGGGCGAAAAACCGUUCGAGUGUCCGCUGUGUGUGUCGAGCUUCUCGCAGCUACCGCAUUUGAAGAAGCAUAUGCUCUCUAUUCACCAGCAGGACAAAUCGUACCUGUGUCAAAAGUGUAAGGAAUUUUUCAAAACCAAGAUGGACUACCAGCUGCACGUCACAGCGUGCUACAAAGAUCCGGCCGCAUUGAAGAAUCUCGACAAUAUGAUGGACCCCAUGUAUCGACCGACGGAGACAAACGGUAUUGAUCCACCGAUGACCAUUUCGCGCAUGCGGUUUCUGGUUGCCAUUUUGCUGAAGAAAAUUUCCAGCGAGGAUCGGCUGAAGGAGCUGGGCUUCGAUAAGCGACUGAUUGAUAACGUUCUAAUCGGUUCAUUAAAAUGUGCUGGCCGCAAGGUAUGUGACGACAAGUCAUAUGAUCCGCUGGAACGGUUGAAGUUAAACGUACAAGAGCUGCUGGAAUGGACUGUACCGCCAAACUAUAUGGAAGAAUUCCGUGGUGCGAAUCGUAGCACCGAGGAACUGCUUGAGGAACUCACCAACUAAGAUUGUUUCGAUUCGAUCUUUCGGUUUUUCCGGGGAGGAGAAGGUAGUUUCAUCCUUUUUUUUAUUUUUUUUUAAUUUACAUUUUUUUUUUGUAAUCAGUUCACUCAGUGGUGUAUUGGUGGUGGAUUUUUUUAAAGUUUCUUUCUUUAAAGCAAUAUGCUUCUUUUUUGCUCUCAAUACCAAUGACUGAAGUUAGUUGUGAAAAUGGACUAAAGAUUUUUGUAAGCAGUGUAAUUUGUUAAAUGUUGAACUAAAUCAUACUAAUUAUCCUUAAUCCUCCUGCUAAAGCCAUCUACUAACCACACAUACAAGUGCAUAGUACUUCGUAGUGAAACGUACAAAGGGAGCACUGCCUAAAAAAAAAUGCACAAACAAACAAUAAGUCGAACAGCGGAAAGGAAACCAAUGAAUUGCGCACGCGCGCACACGCAAAUGGCACACGAUACAAAAGCCAUGCCAAACGAACGAAGAUUCGAAGCCAUUUUAUUUUUUAAUUAUGUAUUUAGUUAUGUUGUUUGAAUUCAUAAUACUAAGUUAAAUGUAAAUUUUGAAUGUGCGUCAUUCCCUGAUAGGGGAAGAAAAGCGGAGAACUCGAAACAAAUACAAUACAUGAUCGUCCGAUCCUUCCGUUAUAAGGAACUGUGUGAGGAUCGUGCAGAAAAGGAUGAAAGCAUAUCUGCCUUAACGCCAGACACACACAGCUAUACGUUUAGCUUCGCCAUUGUUAUCCUAGUCUAAUUUUCAUUGAAGAAAACGGAAGCUCGAAAGCAUGAUUGGUUAUGCGCGGUAGGAUAGAGAAACCAUCAUUGUCCGACCCAAGAAGCAAAUGUUUUUAGCCAAUUGAGAAGUGAUGGAUCUUGUUUAGAGUUACGAAGCGCAUAGGUUUUUGGCACUAAUUUUCGCUCAGUUACCUUUUCUGCAUUGUAGAAGGUAUGAUACAGUAAUGUAGUAAUGAUACCGCAUGGAAACGGAAUAUUUCAGCUGAAUACCAAAAAAUCGAAAAACAAAAAGGAACUUGAGAAGUAAAACCUCUACUAUUUCGCUGUGUUGCGCAAAUCCGCGACCAUAUGCGGUGUGUAAUAGGCAGCAUUAUUACAUAAAAACCCCCCGAAACUCUCAGCACUGUUACCACUGUUGUAGUUUGCCAUUCGGCUUGCCAUCUGUGUCUCUGCAUGAAAGAAUGAUAGUUGAUAUAAUAUGUAAGUGGAAAUCUAAAGGAAUGAUUCGAACCCAGUGUAAAAGAAAUCAUCGUAUAAAUAUAAAUGUAACAGUGGCCAUCGAUAUAAUAAGCACCCGAUCCUUCAUUUGUGUAUUAUCGUGUAGGCGGUCUCUCGUACUCUGAGCAAAAACGGCCACACAUCCUGUGAGCGCGCGUACCAAAAUCGAGCGGUUUCGUACGGUAUUUCCGAAAGGUAGCGAUAAAUUAGCUAAUUUUAUAUCUCAUUGUUCAUCUAAUGUCGAUGUGUUGUGUCGUCGAUCGUUUUGCCGAACAAAAACCAAAAUUUGAAACCAAACCUUGACCCGAAGUACUAACACAAAUGUUAACAAGCUGUGCGUAUGUAUCGUUGGUAAAACAUAACCUUUUUAGUAAUUGGUAGAUAAAUGUAGUAGUAUUUUGUGUGGAAUACAAAAAUAAAAACACACGUACCGGAAAAUGUUUAGCAUCAAUGUGAAUUAUUACAAAUAUUGACCCGGGAGAAAGAGGACCGUUUGCAGAGGUAGCAAACACACACCGCUACUCCGCUUCUUAUGUACAGUGAAAGUAGUGUACCGGAUGUACGACUUUUAAGCUCCGCGGCCAAGUGUAUAAAACUAUAUUACAAAUCAAUAAAAACAUGUGAAUUGUGUUGUAAAAAAAACAAA